AUGUACGGGGAUCAGGAUAUCUCGACAAAAUCCUUUCCCCUCAACACUGGCGACACAAUCCCGGCAAUCGGCCUGGGAACAUGGAAAUCCACAGGCCUCGUGGCCCGUGAAGCCGUCAAAAACGCCCUGCUUGCCGGAUAUCGCCACAUCGACACGGCCAUGGCAUAUGGCAACGAGGCCCAGGUUGGAGCCGGCAUUCGUGACUCUGGUGUUCCGCGGGAGAAGAUUUGGAUCACUACCAAACUGCGGAACAACUGGCAUCACUGUGUAGAACGGGGUCUUGAUGCUUCUCUGCGGGAGCUCGGGGUGGAGUAUGUGGAUUUGUUUCUGAUGCAUUGGCCUGUUGCGAGGGAUCCGAUGAAUCCCGGUCAGGCACUGAAGGAUUGGAGUUUUGUGAAGACUUGGCACGAGAUGCAAAAACUCCUCUCCACCAACAGAGUCCGCAACAUCGGCGUCUCCAACUUUGGCAUCCACAACCUCGAGAUCCUCCUCCACGACCCGCUCACUACCGUCAUCCCCGCCGUGAACCAAAUCGAGCUGCAUCCAUACAACCCGUCCCCCAAACUCGUCGCGUACAACACAUUCAAAGGCAUUCAUACCACGGGCUACUCAUGUCUGGGCUCCGGAUCAUCGGGAGUCUGUGAGGACCCCGUUCUGAAAAGGCUGGCCGAGAAAAAGGAAAAGACCCCGCAGCAGAUCCUGCUGAUGUGGGGGAUUCAAAAGGGUUGGAGUGUGAUUCCCAGAUCGACGAAGCAGAGUCAGAUCGAAUCGAAUUUUGAUCUUGAUGGGUGGUGUUUGACACGGACCGAAAUUCGCCAGGUGGAUCGGGUGCAGUGUCGGUGCAAGAUUGUUGGAGACGGAUUCUUGCCAAUGAAGGUGUUUUUUGGAGAUGAUGAGUAG